GUCGGGAGUACGCGGCUCCUCGUCCCUUCCCGCCCGGUAUGGGGAGCCGCACCCCGCCCGCCGGGCAGGGCCGCGGGCGGCGAGGGCGGCCCGGGCCUCUCCCAGAACGAUGGGCCCGGCCCCGGAAACAGGGAGGGGCCGCGGUGAGGCCGAGCCCGCGCCGCGGGCGGCCUCGCGGGGCCGAGAAGGCCGCGCGCCGCCGCCCCCGGAGCCCACCCGGGAGGUCGCCCUCGCCGCCGCCGCUGCCGCCAGUGAUGGGGGAGCUGUGGGCUCGGGCCCCUGGGGGCCUCGGGCGGACCCCGCGCCGCACUCACCGUGGGAGGACUGCAGGGAGCAGAGAACCUUGCGAGCGGAGCUCCGGGCGCGGUGACCACUUCCUUCCCAAGCCCACUCCUCCGGCGGCGGCGGCGGCUGCAGAGGCGGCGGCGGCGGCAGCUACCCCGGCUCCGGAAUCGGCGGCUGCGGCGGCUCCACUUCCGCUCCGGUCACCACUUCCGCUCCGGCUCGAGCCCCGCCCCUGCGCCGCCUCCUCAUUGGGCGAGCGGGGCACGGGGUCGCCCCGGCCGCCAGAGAGGGGCGCCGCCCGAGGGAGGAGGGAGGAGAGCGGAGGGCAGGGGUGCCGCGGCCGGGGCGGGGCGGGGCGGGGGUCUGGCCCCGGAGCGCGGAGGAGGCUGUCGUGGGGGGGACGGAAAUGGGGGCGGGGAGCGGAAGAAGGAGGUGGGCGGAGUGCAGGCGGGGCUGAGAGGGCUCUAGAAAGGGGCUGUGUGGAAACUGGGGGGACUGGGCGAGGCUUGGGGCUGGGCGGGCCUGAGGCUUAGGCUCGGAGCUCGCCGGGGCCAGGCCCAGUGUCCGAGGUUGGUUCCCACCUCUCCCAAAAAGGAGUCGUUACGGAGUCGGAGGUGCAAGUCAGCCCCCUAUUGCUGCGUGCUCUGGAAAUACUCGAUUUAGAGGGCUGCAAUUGCUCGUCCAUAGAGCUUUGCUUUAGUUUUCCCUUCAGUUCUUCAAGACCUUGAAGACAAUCGAUAAGCUCCUUGAAUGUGACAGUCAAGGUUCUCCAGAAGCUGCCCUCAUCUUUCAGCUUCUCCUUGCUGUUUCUUCCCCAUCUCAAAUCCCCAGUUCCUGAUCCUCUCAUUGUGCCAGUUUCAGUCUUUUUAAACCAUUGGUGUUAGUAGCCAAAAUUUUUUAAAGAUUGAGAGAUUUCUGUGUGAAGGAAAAUCUGCAUCGCUGCCUUUGUCUGGCAACCCUGUGUCCACAUUUCUGUGUGGCAACAAUUGGCUGACACCCAAGAAUGACUGUCCUUGGUUUAGAUCAGGCUUGGACUUGCCCAAGUGCCAAGGUACCCACCUGACCUGAGACUGCUUUCAUCAUUUACAAUGUCUGUCCUACAGGCAUCUGUGCCAGCGCCGCCUUACUAUACCCCCUUUUAACUUGAGCAAGAUUGAAAGUGUUGUGUAAUAUACACGGCAUGGACUUGACAUCAAAACCACAGGAUUUGGACCCUGGAAAAGUUUCCCAAGUGCAAAACUUCCCCAUGAGAAUCCAUCUUUGGCAAACCAAAGAUCCAUAGUCCAGAGACUGCUCAGAUUGAAAUAAACCUUCCUGUGAUAUGACCUUAGGUCCCCAUCCAGUAAAUACCCUAGAGGGUUGGAGGGCUCAUGUUAAUCACACUGCAAAUGAUAUCAUCAGUGCAUUGAGGGAACAGAAGUGCCCUUUGCCAGGCAUCCCUGGGUGCCUGCUAACAGGCUGCAGGAUUAGUUACUUUCUUUACCUCUGCAUUGCCAGCCAGGGGUCAGCAAACCACAACUAUUAACUAACAAAGAAGCAAGGAGAUAUUAAAAUACAAUGUGGCAGAUGCAGCCAAAGAAAUGUAUAUGCCCAGGGCAUUAUGGGAGCCUAAGGGAAAGGCACCUAACCCGUCUUGAGAUAACGGUGAGAAAGCAGGAAAGAAUUUCUCAAAAAGGUCAUACUGGAGCCCUAAAUUUCAUAAUGAAUUUUUUUUUAAUUAAUAGGCUUUAUUUUUUAAGAAUGGUUUUAGGUUUACAGAAAAAUAAACUAGAUAGUACAGAGAGUUCCCAUUUAUCCAAUAUCUCCCCAUCACAGUUUCUCCUGUUAUUAACAUCCUGCAUCGUUAUGGUACACUAGUUACAACUGAUGAGCAAAUAUUGAUACAUUUUAAGCUAAAGUCCAUAGUUUGCAUUAGGAUUCAUUCCUUCUACUGUACAGUUGUAAAGAUUUUGACAAAUGGAUAAUGUCAGGUAUCUACCAUUACAAUAUACAACAGUUUCACUGUUUCAAUAUGUUGUUUUUAGAACGCCCCAUUCUUCACCUAUUCAGCUCUCACCUUCUCCCCUCCCCUCAACCCUUGGCAGUGACUUCUCUUUUAGUUUUGCGUUUUCCAGAUGUCAUGUAGUUAGAAUCAUACAGUCUGUAGCCUUCACUAACUGCAUUCUUGCACGAAGCAUUAUGAUUUUAAGAUUCCUCUAUGUCUUUUUAUGGCUUGAUAGCUUGUUUUUUAUGACUGAAUAAUAUUCUGUUGUGUGAAUGUAGCCCAGUUUGUCCACUCACCUGUCACGAUGGGUUGACUCAAGUUCUCCAAAAACAUAAUGCUGAAGUCCUAAUCUCUG